UUGCAUGACUGGGUUGGCAUUGAUUUAUUUGAUUUCACCUGAAACAGGAUGGAUCAUCAAGGGAAUGGACAGAACCCAUCUAUGGGAGUAGUUGGUAGCGCACAACAAUUGACUUAUGGUUCUAAUCCAUACCAGGGCAGCCAUAUAACAGGAUCACCUGGUAUGGUUGUUGCAUCACCUGGAACCAUUCAAUCCACUGGUCAACCAGGUGGAACUCAGCUAGGACAACAUCAACUUGCUUAUCAGCAUAUGCAUCAGCAACAACAGCAGCAACUUCAGCAAAGGCUCCAAUCCUUUUGGGCAAAUCAGUAUCAAGAAGUUGAGAAGGUAACUGAUUUCAAGAACCACAGCCUUCCCUUGGCAAGAAUCAAGAAGAUUAUGAAGGCUGAUGAGGAUGUAAGAAUGAUAUCAGCUGAGGCACCAGUUAUAUUUGCAAGGGCAUGUGAAAUGUUCAUAUUAGAGUUAACCUUGCGUUCUUGGAAUCACACUGAAGAGAACAAGAGGAGAACACUUCAGAAGAAUGAUAUUGCAGCAGCCAUCACAAGAACUGAUAUAUUUGAUUUCUUGGUUGACAUUGUGCCUAGGGAGGACUUGAAAGAUGAAGGGCUUGCAUCAAUGCCAAGAGGAACUGUGCCUGUUACAGGGCCUGCUGAGGCACUUCCUUAUUGCUAUAUGCCACCUCAACAUACACAAAUUGGAACAACUGGUGUGCCUGUGAUGGUGGACCCAUAUGCUCAACAGUCUCAUCUCUACAACAUGGCUCCACAGAUGUGGCCACAACCACCAGAGCAACAACAAUCAUCUCCAGAUCAUUAGCUUCU